UCUAAUUGGAUGCUAGGCUUUUAAAUUGAAAGGAAAACAGCUGAAGGAUAAAUAUGAUCUGACGGACUCUCGUAACGAAAGUCUUGAAUUCUGUAGAUCUUUAUUUUAUUCAUGAGAAUGUUGUUUAAAUUAACUAGAGUUGGUCCCAUUUUCACCAAAACCUGCCAGCAAAACCAAGAUUUCUCAACAAAAGCCUGGCUCAUUCAUGGUACAUCAUUUUCAUCCAAGUUUUCAUGUUCUGUUAAUUCAACUUCAACAAUUAUUUUUAAAAGAUUGAAUUCGCUGUCUGCGAAUGUCGUUAAAGAAACAGCGACUUUACCUAUCGAAGAAAUUAAAGCUGUUAGCAAGCCAGUUUCAAGUGUUCCCGCUAUUAUUGUGAACCAUCCACUAACUGUUGAACAUGUGGAGCGAGCUAUUGCUAUUUAUCAAGAAGAAUUUAAAAGUAUAACGUGUAAUCUUAUCGAGCUCAAACCGUCAUUUGACCUUCCAAAGAAUCCGGAAGAAAUUUAUGAUGAUAGUGACUGGCAGAUUAGAUGGUACAAAAAGAAGCGAUAUCGUUUGUCACAAAUGCUUGUUGACUACAAUUUCAGGCAAAAAACGCGUGAUAUCAUUCAACAACGUUUCGAUCCCAAGCGAACUGGAAUUUUAGGACCUGAUCUAGCUGCAUCUCACUUCAUUACUUAUCGUGGAGGCAAAGUCAAAUUUGUUGGAUCAGAUAAAUGGAUUUCUUCUGAUAUUGAGUUACCUAAUAAAAUGGAUACUGCUUUCAAAGUUGAAAAAUUAGACGCUUCUAAUUGUAGAUUGUAUUAUGAAGGUUUGGACAAUUUUAUUAAUCUGAAGCAACUGGUCCAUUUAGAUUUAUCUAGUAACCCUGGACUUGAUGAUUGGGCUUGUGGGCGAUUAUCCUGUCAUUUUCGUAACUCAAACAAGUUAAAAUACCUUAAUUUGUCGGACAAUACCAAUAUUUCCGCUAUUGGUUUGCAAUCACUAGUCAAUAUACCAAGCCUGGAAACAGUAGUUAUCACUGGAACCAAGGCAGCAAGUUAUUCUCAUCUAGAAUUGCUCAUGCUUCUUUUUCAAGAUGUCAAUCCUAAAUGUAGAAUUGAGAUUUAAACCAUAAUCUGUAUUACAGAUUCUGUAGAUAUACUGCUGUGUAAAAAGAUGUUCAAAGGGGGCUGGAAAGUUUCAAAAUUUUACAAUGAAGCCUCCUAAGGAUAAUUGUAUUCUAAUAUUUUAUGUUUGCUCUUUAAAUUAUGAUUAAAAAUGCUUUUGCAACAAACAAA